AUGAACGAGCAGCCUGUCGCAGAUCCGGCUCCGCUGCCCAUCGUUAGUGCUCUCCGAAGUGAGCCGCAACCGCCUCAGCGGUAUGACUCUGCUCCAGACCUGUCGUCGGCGUCGCCCGAAAGACCGCAAUUGGCGACAAAUGCAUCCGACCCCCCCGGGCUGCAGACCUUCCAGAGCCCUCUCAGGCAGCAUAAACGGCAGCCCAGCGCCCACCGCGAGGUCAAGGAAACCUUGAAUGCUCGUGUGGAGUACGCAAGCGAUGAGGAUGAUGGCAGAACCCAUCACAAGAUUAACCAGUACACCAUUCUUGAGGAGGUCGGCCGUGGCUCGUAUGGCGCUGUCCACCUUGCGACCGACCAGUUCGGCACCGAAUACGCUGUCAAGGAGUUUUCCAAAUCGCGGCUGCGUAAGCGAGCGCAGUCUCAAAUCCUACGCCGCGGACCCCAGGGCCGUCCCCGCCGACAGCCCUUGCGAUCCCGCAGUAACGGUGAGGUCUUGACGCCGCAACUUGGUGGAGAGCAGCCCGGUGAGAAGGAAGAUUCCCUGCACCUCAUUAGGGAAGAGGUGGCCAUCAUGAAGAAGCUGGAUCAUCCCAACCUUGUAUCGCUCAUUGAAGUGCUCGAUGACCCGGACGAGGAUUCGCUCUACAUGGUUCUCGAAAUGUGCAAGAAAGGUGUCGUUAUGAAAGUUGGGCUCGAAGAUCACGCGGACCCGUAUGGCGACGACGCAUGCCGCUACUACUUUCGUGAUCUCAUCCUCGGCAUUGAAUACUUGCAUUCGCAAUCCAUUAUUCAUCGCGACAUUAAGCCGGACAACCUUCUUGUGGCAGCAGAUGACACUCUCAAAGUCGUUGACUUUGGCGUGUCAGAAAUGUUUGACAAACCCGAUAGCAUGAAAAUUAAAAAGUCAGCUGGCUCACCAGCCUUCCUGGCGCCAGAGUUGUGCAGCCCUCAUGGCGAAGUUUCCGGCACCGCCGCCGAUAUUUGGUCCAUGGGUGUUUGCUUAUAUUGCCUCCGCUACGGCAAGAUUCCUUUUAAUCGCGCGAACGUGCUGGACAUGUACGAGGCGAUUCAGACAGAACAGCCCAAGAUCCCGGAGGAUGAGGAUCCCUUGUUUACCGACAUGUUGAAAAGGCUCCUUGAAAAGGACCCGGAGCAGCGCAUCACAAUGGCAGAGCUUCGUGAACAUCAAUGGGUUACCAAGGAUGGUAUAGACCCUCUACUUUCCAAGGAAGAAAAUUGUGCCCACAAAGUUGAGCCGCCGAAUGAGUUGGAAAUCAGUCGCGCUUUUACGAGAAAGAUGGAUAACGUAUUCUGCGUACUCAAGGCCAUUUCAAAGUUCAAGUCCCUCCUCUCCGAGAGACGGGCCGCGAGCCCUCCCAUGGCCGAAGAAAUUGCGGAGGGCACGUUUGACCCCGCCGAAGAAAAGGCGCGCGCAGAAGAAAUCGAGCAGCUGCUUGCGCAACGCCGCGAGGUCUUGAGCAGAAGAACCCGCGACAGUAGCGGCAGCGAUGACAAUGGCGACGAUGCUGCCACCAAAGGCCAUGCCAAGGACAUUAGCGAUCAGGAGCCCUUAUACCUGGGCAUUGGCACGAGCUCUCGGCACGCCUUUUACCUAGACGACCAGUCAGCGGACGAAAUAGUCGCCGACUCGCCGAGCGCCGUCGACUACAACAUCUACGACCGGGCCUACGAGCAGGCCAUCAAUGACAAACUCGACGAGCACCCGUCCUCGCGGCGACCAAUCAUGUAUCUUACCAAGUUUGUCAAGGAGACGGAGCGCUUCAAAUCGUUUGAGAACAUCGUCGAGGGCACCAUUUUCUCUCCCACUGCCGUUCGCGAGCAGAUGCGUGAGACGCGCGCGACUAUUCACGAGCACUUUACCUCUCCAUCGACAACCAAGCUGGCCAAGCUCGUUUCCAAAAUCGGCCUCUCGGAUCCGCCGGAGGGCGCCAAGCCGACGGAGCUGGUAGACGGUGAUAUCAACACGCUAGUGAUGUCCGAAAGCGAAUCUGAUGGUGGCCUGGACGAGGUAUCCAAGGAAGCUGCUGCGGCCGAAGCUGGGCAGCCGACGCUGAAGAACGUCGUCGACGCCAUCACAGCGAAAAAGGCCGCGGUUUCAUCCUGGAACAAAGACCUGCAGCGCCACUCAAACAAGUGA